CCAGCAGAGAGAAGUGGCCAGAGGAGCCCAGGGGACAGCCAGGGACAGGCAGACAUGCAGCCAGGGCCCCAGGGCCUGGACAGGGCCCUCCAGGCCCCGUGACGGGAGGACCCCGAGCCCCUGGCCCGGGGAGGGGGCCAUGGUGCUGCCUGCCCGACAUGUCAGCCGAGGUGCGGCUGAGGCGGCUUCAGCAGCUGGUGCUGGACCCCAGCUUCCUGGGGCUGGAGCCCCUGCUCGACCUUCUCCUGGGCGUCCACCAGGAGCUGGGCGCCUCCGACCUGGCCCAGGACAAGUAUGUGGCCAACUUCUUGGAGUGGGCCCUAAACUCAGGGUUUCCCAGAGUGUGGCACAAGAGCCACCAGUAUCUGAGCCUAGAGUGGAGCCCAUCGCGGAGAGGCUUAAGGAGGCCCAACUGCAGAGGGAUGACUUCGAGAUUCUGAAGGUGAUCGGACGCGGGGCGUUCAGCGAGGUGGCGGUGGUGAAGAUGAAGCAGACGGGCCAGGUGUACGCCAUGAAGAUCAUGAAUAAGUGGGACAUGCUGAAGAGAGGCGAGGUGUCGUGCUUCCGCGAAGAGAGGGAUGUGUUGGUGAACGGGGACCAGCGCUGGAUCACACGGCUGCACUUCGCCUUCCAGGACGAGAACUACCUGUACCUGGUCAUGGAGUACUACGUGGGCGGGGACCUGCUAACGCUGCUGAGCAAGUUUGGGGAGCGGAUCCCGGCCGAGAUGGCGCGCUUCUACCUGGCCGAGAUUGUCAUGGCCAUAGACUCGGUGCACCGGCUGGGCUACGUGCACAGGGACAUCAAACCGGACAACAUCCUGCUGGACCGCUGCGGCCACAUCCGCUUGGCAGACUUCGGCUCCUGCCUCAAGUUGCGGGCGGAUGGAACGGUGCGGUCACUGGUGGCUGUGGGCACCCCGGACUACUUGUCUCCUGAGAUCCUGCAGGCCGUGGGCAGUGGGCCUGGGACUGGCAGCUAUGGGCCCGAGUGUGACUGGUGGGCGCUGGGCGUGCUCGCCUAUGAAAUGUUCUACGGGCAGACGCCCUUCUACGCCGACUCCACAGCUGAGACCUACGGCAAGAUCGUGCACUACAAGGAGCACCUGUCUCUACCGCUGGCAGACGCAGGAGUCCCUGAUGAGGCUCGCGAUCUCAUCCAGCAGCUGCUGUGUCCCCCUGAGACGCGCCUGGGCCGGAAUGGAGCAGGCGAUUUCCGGAAGCAUCCUUUCUUCUUUGGCCUUGACUGGGACAGCCUCCGAGACAGCGUGCCCCCCUUUACGCCGGAUUUUGAGGGUGCCACGGACACGUGCAACUUCGAUGUGGUGGAAGACGGGCUCACUGCCAUGGUGAGCGGGGGCGGGGAGACGCUGUCGGAUAUGCAGGAAGGCACGCCACUGGGGGUCCACCUGCCUUUCGUGGGCUACUCCUCCUAUUCCUGCAUGGCCCUUGGGGAUGAUGAGAUCCCAGGCUCCACGCCCAUGGAACUGGAGGCCGAGGCGUUGCCUGAGCCAUUGCAAGAGCCCAGCCUGGAACCCACGGUGCCCCCACCAGAGGAAACGGCUGAAGCAGCAGUUCCGGAGGCCAUUCCGGAGGCGGUGGCAGAGGCCGAGGUGACGCUGCGGGAACUCCAGGAGGCCCUGGAGGAGGAGGUGCUCACCCGACAGAGCCUGAGCCAGGAGCUGGAGGCCAUCCGAACGGCCAACCAGAACUUCGCCAGCCAACUCCGCGAGGCCCAGGCCCGUAACCGAGACCUGGAGGCGCACGUCCGGCAGCUGCAGGAGCGGAUGGAGUUGCUUCAGGCCGGGGGAGCCGCAGCUGUCACGGGGGUCCCCAGUCCCCGGGCCACGGAUCCACCUUCCCAUAUGGCCCCCCGGCCGUGGCUCUGGGCCAGUGCCCGCUGGUGGGGCCAGGCCCCAUGCACCGCCGCCACCUGCUGCUCCCUGCCAGGGUCCCUAGGCCUGGCCUAUCGGAGGCGCGUUCCUUGCUCCUGUUCGCCUCUGCUCUGGCUGGUGCCGCCGCCCUGGGCUGCAUUGGGUUGGUGGCCUGCGCCGGCUAUCUUGCCGCAGUCUGACCCCGCCCGGGAGCCGCCUUCGCCGCCUGAACCCUAGAACCCGAGACUGUCCUCCACUCGGGCUCCGCUGGAGGGUUUGGUGACCCAGGCACGGCCCAGAAGCCACUCCCACCGCCCCCCAGUUCACAGCACUCCGAGCGUGGGUUUCCGCCCCAGCUCCAGCCCUGUGAUCCGGGCCCGCCCCCUGGCGGCCGGGGAGGGAGGAGCCGGGGCCGCGGCUCCAGGGAGGCUUGUAGCCGGGAAUGCUGCUGCUGCUGCUGCUGCUGCUGCUGCUGGGGGGAUCGCGGACCUCUUCCUUUCUCCGGCCUAGCUGAGGCUCCCGACGUGGAUGGGCAAGCUGCGACCUAGAGAAGGCAGCAGGGCCAGGGCUCGGCAUCUGUUUUCCACCCUCCAGGCACCCCCACCCACAUUGGCUUGCAAACCACAAAUCCUCCUUGUGCAUGAGGCCCUGCCCUCCCGGGAAGACUCUCCUUCCGCGGUGAACGUCUAGCGCGAGCUCCGCCUUUGCCUUUUGACAGCCCCACUGUUUUCGGGGACUCUCGCGCCCUCCUCACGUGCGCUGCUCUCGGAGCCACAGCCGGCUCCGCCCGCCUCGGCAGUAUGGGUAUU